GAUUCUGCGAACAUUUGCGCUCUAAAGUAUCGUCGGCAUGGUGGAUUUUUCUUCCGAACAAAAUUACUUUACUGCGAUGCUGCAAGGCCGCAACACCCAUGUGGCGAUAGCUAAAAUCGUGUUUGAGAUCUCGUAAUAAUACUUUAGACGCACCGCAAUAAAACAAAUUGAACUGGGCAAGCAGUGUGCUUACCCUUGCCGAAUUGCAAGUUGCCAUCUUGCCAAUGGACUCCGUGGUCGGCAUAGCAGCCAAGUCACUCGAUGCCGCGCACCAAUUAGCAAAGGCCAUUCACGGGCCUCGAGAAUGGUCUUACCAGAAAUGGGUAGGCUUAAACGGAGAAGGCGUCGCAAGCGCUCAGGCUGGUCCUGCUGUCCCCGCUCACGCGCUUCUGUUGCUCAGCCACGACUACAGCACCGCCUACCUCCUGCUUGCCACCCACGCCACCACCGCUGAGCUCCUCUCAGCAGCAAAGCAGGCAGCGGGCACAGCCUCCGCCUCCCCCUCAUCUUCACCCGCUGCAUCCGCAUCCGCAGCAGCCCCUGCGCCGGCGGCAGGGCUCCGGCGUGACAGCAGCGGCGACGAUAACCCCACCCAAGCCAACGCCGCCCUCCCCGCCGGCGCCACGGGCCUGCAGGCAGCACCAACAGCAGCACCACCACCGCCGCAGCUGCUGCAGCUUCCCCCGCUGCAGGCGCUGCAGCAGCGUCACGAGGUGGCUGUGAGCGUGCUGCUGCUGCAGCUGUUCCUGGUGUGCGAUGUGGUGUUGGUGCUGCUGCCGACAGCAGGGGGUGCCGGCGGAGGUGGAGGCGGAGGAGCAGGCGCCAACCCUCUGGCGGGUGCGGUCGAGUGGCUGUCCCGUCUGAGGCUGCUGCAGGGUGCAAGGCGCGCGCUGCACCAGGGCGUGUGCGGCCGGGGCGGCAGCGGCGCCGUGUCCCCGUCAUCAGCCCCCGCGGCAGCUGCCGCCUGCAGGGCCGCCUCUGAAGCCAAGACGAGCCACCAGCAGCAGCUAGAGCAUCACCAGCAGCUGCUGCGGGAUUGGUGCUCGCGGCGCUCCCCACCGGCGCUGUACUUCGUUUCUCCGAGCGAUACCGCGGCCCCUCCGGAGGAGACCUUGGCUGCUCCUCCGCCCAACCCCUCCACCAGCUCACCCAUGGGUCGUCGCGGCGCCGCCGCCGCACAUGUUGCCGGAAGCUGCCAACCCGCAGCCGGCGUGAAUGGCAUCAUGCGGAGCUUGUUUAAGCGCUGCCGCCCGCUGCCGGCGUCUGCAUAUUCGUCAACUGCAGCCGACCCGCGGGUUGGCAGCACUGACCCAUGGGUCCUCUGUACGGUAGAUCUCCAGCAGUUAGUCAUGCAACCGGGACCCGUAUCGUUGAGCCCAGCUGAGGUCCAUGAUGUCGUGCUGGCAGCUUUGUUAGAUCCAGAUCAGGAGGAUGUCGUACAAUCCGCAUCGGCAGUCAUGGCAGGCUCGUUAGGGGCGACGGAUGGACUGCAAUGUCUGCGGGAGACGGUUGCAGCAGCGGCAGCAGCAACGGCGGCAGGCAAUGGGGGAUUGAAUUCCGUACGGGGACAUGCCGGACGUGCCGUACAAGCCGGUGCCGGAAUGAUUUCAUCGCCGCCACAUCAUGCAACAGCCGUGCUGGCGUUACAGGGUUUCAGCAGCAGCUGGCAAUGUACGGCGGAGGUCUUGUACGGCGCAGCUGUAGCAGCUUGGUGGGAUGCCGUACGGCGGCCCUUAGACUGGUCUCCACCGCUGGGGCCUUUCAGCACAACAGGUCGUCGCUCCGCAUCCCCAUCUGCCGCCACCGCUACCACACGUGGACGGUCUUCUCGCCCAGGCGCCGCCACCGCCGCUACCAUGCAAGACCUUCCCUCGACAAGCGGUCUGACAUCGCCGUACUCCUCCUCCUCCGCUUCCCCCUCAUCUGGCGAC